UGUGGCAUCGAAACAUACAUACAUACUCACCAUUGUUAAUAUGAAUAUGGAAAUGUGUGUGAAAUAAAUUAGAGCAAGGGGCUCUGACAUUAACUUCUUUAAAACAGUUUAUCCACCGAAUGAUCUUCUAGAUGUAUUUGUGAACAGGUGUGCGAACUGAAACGCCAAAUAUGUUGCAGCGUACAAAAUCGGCGAGGAAUCGCAAGAGUAGUGGCAGAUGCAGUGAUGGAGACUCUUCGGCUAAUGAAGCGCCAGUUUUUGCCUCGGUGCAUCGGGCACGACACAAUGGGGCAGGCAGCAGCGGCUCGGCCGUUAGACGUGAUGGUCCACAAAAAGCUACAACUGCUGGUGGUGGCCAUCAGCAACGUCAAAGCUAUCAUCAGUAUCAGCAACAACGUAAAUUACAACAUCAGCUGCAACAACAACAACAACAGCAGCAGCAAUCAGUCGGCAAUGAAAAUUCGAGUGCCGCACAAAAACUAGCCAAAACGACUCGUAAUUGGAACGAGCAACAACAACAAACACACUAUCAACAACAGUUGCAACAACAACCAAGCAACGUUGACACUGCAACGAAGCAAUCAAUUGCGGUGUCAAUGCCGCAAUCAUUGGUGGCUACCAAUGCAGCAAACCAUGGCCGUCCAGCAAUGCAACAAAUCAAUACAAAUGGUGGGCCACAACGCGACGCAUCGCCGACGAAGGCGAGUCGCAUACCCUUACAGCAACAGCAACAACAACAACCGAACCAGUUGCAACCAAAUUUUAAUCAAAUAUCCAAAACCGCUACAAAUCUAUUGAAUGAUAUUUACGAGCGGCAUCUCUUGAACCAGACGACGUUCCAAGCGGAACAUAGCCAAGAGAGACCACAACAGCCAGCACAACAACAGCAGCAGCAACAACAAACGAAUAAGUCGCUGCUGCAACAACCACAACAGUUACAGCAGAGGCACCAGCUGCAGCAACAACGUUUCUUGGCUGCACGUCAGGUGGGACAAGAGGUGGAGCUUAAUUUUGCGAGCUCCUCGGCGCAACAGCAGCAACAACAAAAGCAAAGAAACCUGCAACAGCAGCACACACAGCAAUCGCCGCGACAAUUCUUGUCCUUCGGUAAUCAGCAGACACACUCUGCUGCUGCCGCACAGGAAGCUGGCAAUUCCGCGCUGGCAACAUUUGUGCCCAUACACGGUAGUAACAAGCAACAUGUUGCACAGAAACCGGUACACUUCUUGAAGUUGCCACCACCACCACCGCUGGUGGCGCCAACUACUACCGCGUGUUGUCCAACCGAGUCCGCAGCACCAAAAGAGUUCGGCACUUACACAUCUUUUCAGCAACAUUUCCAAUUCUCUGAUGCAUAUGUUGAACCUGUGGAUAGUCGAAAACAUUUCCUCUUGCAAUCCGAUGCUGCGUCGACUGCCAAUCCACCGCCGCCACCCGCGCCACUCAAUCACGUCUACGAGACGAUUAAAGAGCGCCCACCGAUGCCGCCGCCUAAGAAUCUGAGAACCACAGAUGGCUGUGCUGUGGGUGAGGACGAGGCACCACCACUGCCACCAUCGCGGCAGCUGAGAAAACGUUUGGUUGCUGCCGCCGCCGCGAAGGUGGGCACAAAUAAACGUAAUACAACAACAACAAAUGCGAAUGGUAUGCAAAGCAAAAUGGAUGCAGGUCAGUUGGGCGGCAAUGGCAAGCUCAACAGCAAAUUAUUGCCCAUGCAACCGCCCGCAUACGUGGCGCCACCAGCUGCGGGUCCGACAAAGCAAUCAGUACCAAAGCAGCAGCAACAACAAUAUAAUCCGCAACAGCGCACCAAAGCGGAUGGCGAGCAACGUCCUUACCUUUAUCAGCAGUUGCGCGAGCGACAACAGCAGCAACAAGCGCAAUCGUCUGCGUUAAAGGCAACGGCUCAGCGUCAGCCUAUGGAGCCAAAGCAGCAUCAGCACCACUUGCAACAGCAACACCAACGUUCCAAUCACACACUGAUGCGCGAACAUCCUUUGGGCGCCCAUGCGGACCAACACGUUGCACAAAAGCUGCAAUCCCAACAACAACAAUUUAUGAAUACCAACAACAGUGCACAAAGGCCUGCUGAAAAUAUGAUAACCCAAUCUGCAAUCCCGUUAACCACCACAAAAGCAACUGUGCAUGCCACCAACCCACCAUCGGCGGCAGUCAACUCGAACUCCACCUGCGCGGCGUCCAUUGAUGUUUCUGAUAGCUCAGUGGAGUUGUUGUUACAACAAGCUGGUCUGUUGCAUUCGCAUGCUACCUCAUUAACGGCACAUAGUGGCGGCGGCAACAAAGCUCCACAAACCGCUUAUAAUAAUAACGCCAACCUUAACGGCGGCAAUAGCCACAACAACAACAGCAACACUAACAUAUCCAAUUUGCAUCCCACACGUCCCACUGCAUUGCCAAUCGUUUUCGAAGAGGAUACCGGCGAGUUCCAGGAUGUGCUUGUCCUCGAAGAGGAUGGCACGGCCAAACUGCCUUAUCGUCAUGGCAAGAUCGAGUUGCGUUUGGAGACAGCACAGGCGAUGGCCGCGGCAGCUUAUUAUGCCAGAGCCGCACAAAAACUUGCACAAACUCACAAUUCGACGAAGAGUCGCACCGCCGAACUGCCAAACGCCAGCGCGCGAAAUGGUGGUUUCUGUGGGGCGCUACAACGAGCGCCACCGCCCAUGCCACCAGGACUGGCGCGUCGACUUGCGAACAAGGAAAACUACGGCAUCGGCAAGGUUAAGGUUAUGUUGCGUGUCUCGGACGCACACACGGACACGGAACACCCGCAUUUCAUGGCGGUCGAUAAGAAGAAACGUCAAGUGACGUUGACAGAUCCGUCGGCAGCGAGCGCUGUGGCGGCCUCGACGUCGCAGGAGCGCGGUCCCAUGGUCGCCGCGCCGAAAAUGUUCGCCUUCGAUAGCCUCUUCACGGCGGAGGAUCAACAGUCCGAUAUCUGUGCUUCCGCUUUGUCUGAGGUGAUACCCGCCGUAUUGGAAGGUUCAGACGGUUGUCUACUCACGAUUGGUUAUCCGAAUUCCGGUCAACCGAAAACCAUGUUGGGUGGCGUCAAUCCGCCCACUGAAUUAGGUGCUAUUCCUUGCGCCAUUUCGUGGCUGUACAAGGGCAUUAAUGAGCGGCGUCAGAAGAGUGGCGCGCGCUUUUCGGUGCGUGUCAGUGCGCUGGGUGUCAGCGCUACGAAACCGGACUCGAGUUCGAAGGAUUUGUUGGCGGCGCAUGCGACUGAAUCCGACGACUCUCCGGGCGUGUAUUUACGUGAUGACUUCCUUGGCGGACCCACCGAAUUGCGAGCGCCCACCGCCGAACGUGCCGCAUUGUUCCUAGACGCCGCACUCGCCGGACGACCACAAGGCGGCCUGGAGCCGGCCAUGAUAUUCACACUGCACGUCUACCAGUACAGUUUGUCGCGCAAAGGCGGCGUGGCCGGCGGACGCAGUCGUUUGCAUCUCAUCGAUUUGGGUGGUUGUGCCAACCGCAAUGGGGGACUGCCACUCUCCGGCAUUGGCAACAUACUGUUGGCGAUAUUGAGUGGACAACGGCAUCCGCCGAAUAAGGACCAUCCAUUGACGCCGUUGCUGAAAGAUUGUCUGGCGCCGUUGACGUGUCAUGUCGCCAUAAUGGCGCACGUGAUGCACACACAGUCGCAUACGGAUGCUUUGACAACGAUACAAUUGGCCUCACGCAUACAUCGUAUGCGUAGACGUAAACACCGUUUUCCGAUGCCAAGCGACAAGACCGGUGUGGGAGGAUUGGCGGCGGGCGUUAAUGGAGGUCAUCAAUCGACUGGCUCUUCGGCCGGAUCUGGUGCAGAUCCUUCCAGCUCCGAGUUAUCUGCCGAUACUGUAAUCUACAUGGGUCCGAGCGAUGAUGCCACGGAUGGCGAGCAUCCGCCAGUUUAUUUGCCCUCGCUCAGCAGUGGCGAUAAUCGUUGUGUGAUGAGCAAAGCGCUAAAGGGUAGUGGCUUAGAGAAACAACAACAGUCACCAGCGAAAAGUGGUGCAGCGGGUACACUAAAGAAAACGGCGGCACAGAAAGUUCCACAAAGUCCCACCAUUAAUGCGUCCAGUCGCAAUGGCAGUCUGAAACGUGGCCACGUCAACAGUCCCACACCAGCGCAGCAACAACAACAGACGCCUCAAGCGGCUACUGCGAACGUUGAACAACAGCAACAGUUCUUUUCACCCGUGCACAGCACGAAGUCGCUUACGCAUUCAGCCUCCUCUCCGAAAAUAGUUGCGGGCAGUUUGCGUCACCCGAGCAUGGCUGGUAUGAUGUGCUCGAAGGGUUCGAAUGUACCAUCGCCCAAAGGUUCGCCUUUGCGACGACCCGGUGUUGGAGGUGGCGCUAGUGUCGCCGCUGCCGCUGAUGCGCUCGACUGUCCCGGCAGUCCAAUGCGCAAAAUAAGCGAGGAACAAUGGAUUGAUGGGCCGCGUGUAUCGCGCGCCAAAGUGGCCGAAGCGCGUCACUUGAUGCGUGAGGUGAAUCAUGUGAAACAAUGUGAGACUUGGAUAGAUGGUCCAAAGUCACAGUCUGCACGUUCACUAACCGCCGGCAAUCUACCUACAGCGCCGUCACAAGUGCAAGGCUACGGCUUCAUGGAUUCGCACAAGAAGUCGAUGAUACGACAAUGGGUAGAGAAUCAGACAUCGCAGGUCUUCCAAACCACAUCGGCGGCCUCAUCGCCUACACAUGGCGGCGCCGGCAAUGCGGCACAUCGCGACCAACAGGCACAGCAUCUGCGCAAUAUUACAUACCACAUGUCACAGCUGAAACAGAAAUCACUCGAUGCACCGGAGGAUUUGUACGCGACGAGCACAAGACAAUUGCAACAUCAACAACACAGCCUACAGCAACCGCAAUUGCAGCAACAACACUCGCUACCCAUUGACCAACAGUUUAUGUUGUGCGCCAGCGAAGCUGAGUUGGCGCAGGCCAUUGCAAUGGGUCUUUCCACAGCUGUGAGCACAACGAAUGCUUCAGCGCCCGCGGAGAUACGCGGUUCGAAGGCGCUGUACCAUCAACGACAGUCCAGCGCCACCGGUUCGCUCGGGCUUACACAGCAAACAACAAAAGAUGAGACUGAUUUACAUUCGACGCACUCGCACACCGGUUAUGGCACCAUUUCACAGCAAGUCUACACUCAUGGCGCUGGCGCGACAUCGGAACAUGGCGUCGGUGUGGGUGGUCAACAUAGCGAUCGUCAAGCGGAUUGUGAUGAGGACCAAGACAGUGGUCCAUCGGAGGUGCCGCCGGCACUACCGCUCAUCGAGCCGUUAGGUUCGCGUGAAAUUUCACACGAAAGUCUGCAUCGCAUACUGUCGCGACAUGUGUCACGCGAAUCGCUCUACCAACAACAGCAACAACGCGAACAGCAACAGGAAUUACGACGUCACGAGGAGUUGCAACAAAAUACGCCCUCGCGGCAAUCUUCACAUCAUUUCUCGCAACACAGCAUGGGCAUGUCCGAUUGUGGACUGCAAGUGACCGAGGAGGAGAUAGCGCGCACAAUGGGCGGUGAGCAUCCACUGGCAGCACUUAGUCAUGUUGACAAUAUGUCCAUUGUGUCGAGCUUCAACAUGGCCGGCGAUGCGUUUAGCGAUUGUGCGAUGGGUGAAAGAACGAGGAACCAAUUCGAUCAAUUAGCGCGUUUACGUGAGAUCUUCACCUCACAGCUGGCCAUGGCCGAAGUAACGCCAGUCUUCCGCAGCUGCGAUGUCGGUAGUGUGUACAGUGAACCUGCCUAUCGUUUCAACACCGGACCGGGUAGUGUUUGUAGCGAACCGCCAUAUAGACCACCAAGUCCGAGACAACCUUCGCGUAGUCCCAGCCAAGGCAGUUUGCCCAGCCUGAAUGGCAUCAUGCAAAUCGCUGGCAUGGAACAAUAUGCUUCGCUGCGUCAUCCCGACGGUGCUUCCGAUCCGAAUUUGCCAAAAGUUGAGAAACCUUUCGUGCUGGAACAUGAAGACAUCUGCGAAGUUGACGAAAAAUCCGCGUUACUCUCACCCUCGAAACGACCUUCACUGGAGAAAGAGCAUCUACCCGGCGUCGGUGGCGCCACUGUGCCCACGUCUUCACAAACCCAAUUACCAUUGUUGCCAUUGAAUACCUCCUGUGAGGCUUACGAUAGUGGCCAUGAUUCGUCUACACCACGCACGUCCAAGCAUUCCGGGAUAUCAAGACGCGCUGAGAGCGGUUACCAUAGCGUGGCGACGGCGAGAGAUAGUGAUGAGAGCAGCUUUACGUCGGGACUCUCCAAAGAGCACCACAAUCGCAUAACAAUGGUGAAGAAGAAGCGACAGGAUAAGGGCCUGUGCAAUUGGCUGAUGAAUCCCUUCACGUGCACCUAUCCAGAGACUGAAGGCGAGAUAAGCGACUUUUGAAGAGUGCAGUGAGUGAAGAGAGAGCGGAACUCGAAUUUAUAACGAAGGUAAAUUUAAAACAAUUAUUGUGGUAGCGAGUAGCUGUGGUACGGAGCAGAAUUAGUAAAUAAGUGCGGCAAACCCACCAAGAAACAUUUGCGCGCCGUUAUUAGAAACAAUAACACGAAAGCAUGCCAAAUUUUUACUUUAACAUAAAUAAUAUUACAUUAGUGUUUAUUUCUUUUUAUUCGAAGUAACUAAAGCCAAUGUUUUUAUGUGGCAGUUGAAACGGCGACUGAUUGUUUUUUAAUGGAAAUUUUUAUUGAACAUACAAAUGAAAAAAAAAUAAGAUUUUUAGCUUAAAAGUAUUUAGUGAAAACCAAAAACAAAAAAGAACUCAAAACCAUACAGAAUUCAUGUGAAAGCUUCAUAAAGUGAAAGCUUACAUUUCAUACAUAUAAGCUAACUGUUUUACAAACUAUUGUAUAAUAUGUCUUACAGUGAAAGCUUUUCAAACAACAUGAAAGCUUCAUUGAAAUUUUGUGAAAAAGAUAGAUGAAUUUGUACUAUAAGCAGUGAAAGCGUUUUUGAGUUAUUAAAACAUACUUUUCAACCUUAAAAUAUAAAAAGUGUUCGUGGAUUCUUAAAUUCGUUAAAGCUAGCAAUGAAAGCUUUGCCAAAAAAGUUUACCCUAAAAGCUUUCGUGUAAUAUUUUACAUUCAGUAAUCAUUCUGAUAUCACCCUAUAUACAACUACUUAUUUAUAAACUUCAAAAUCAUACAGUCGCCCACAAAGCUUUCAUCUUUAAAAUAUAUUUUGCUACAAAAGCUUAUUUUUGUAUACAAUUUUUUAACCAUCUUAAACACGAUCCAGAAAUUAUUCUGUUAUACCUCUACAUACAACUGCUUAUUUAAAAACUUCAAAAUCAUCCAGUCGACCUCAAAGCUUUCACCGUGAAAAUAUUUUUUGCUACAAAAGCUUAAUUUGUACAUAAAUUUUUUAAUAUGAACAUCUCUAUGGCUUUACUUUUCAGUGCAAGCUCUAUUUUAUUUGAAGUGAAAGCUUUCGACAUUGCAAAGUGAACCUAAAACCACGAAAGCUUUUCAAAUAUACGCUAUCAACUCCCUCAACUUGAAAUUGUAAAAUAUUUUGUACAGCUUACACAUAACCCACUCGUCUGCUUCUAAAGCUCUUGCCUAACUGUCGCGCUACUGUAAAAAUAUGUAAUUAGAGAAAUCUAUAAUUUUCAACUGUUGCAUUUUCGUUUGCUGCCUAACCUAAAUACGCAUUUAAGAAAGAAACUGUAUUUAAUGAAAAAAGCUUUUUGGGAGCUUUUAUUAUUUUUUUUAAUGUUUAACACUUCUGAAUCGCAUAUGCAAACCUCUUGAUUUUUAACUAGUGUCUAGUUAAAUUUGCUAACUCCUCAACAGCAACAACAACAACAAAGCCCAGUAAAUAGAAUACAAUCUUAAAUAAAAAAAGUUUCUUAUUUAAAAUUGUUAAUACAUUUAGCUAAAUUUAAGUGUAAACGAGUGCUUUUUGUUAGUAAGAAUGAAAAGCGUAAAUCGAAGAAGAAAGCUACAAACUAUAAAUAUUAAGUACUAAAUAGAAAUUUUGUUGCCAGUUUUGCCUAUUUAAACUAUGUUAAAAUUUUGAAAUGUUUAUCCGAAACUAACUCAACUGAUAUAUGAAUAUAUGAAUAUACAAUGUAUGUAACUUAAUGAAAUGAGAAGGUAUAUAAGUAAAUGCAUUUAUGUAAUAUUCGAUAUAUACA